GAUUGAGCGCCGGGAGCCGCGGCGGGGACGGCCGCGCCGAGGCACCAUGCGGGCACCGCUGCUGCUGCUCCCGCUGCUGCUGCUCGGUGUCAAAUCUCAGGAUGAUACAAAGACACCUCCUGAAAACCCAGGAGGAAAUGGGCAGAUCAUCAUGUCUGCAAACACCAGCAAGAUAGAAGGGAACACUUCUACAAGCAGUACAGGAAACCCACCACCCACUUCUACCAUGUCACCUUCUAUAGUUCAGGAGACCACCUCUGAAAGCAAGCUGGGAAACACAGAGACCACCGCUGUGAUACCAUCCACCAGUGCUCAAGGGACCAACACUACAAGCAAGCUGGAAACCCCAUCCUCUUCCCCUUCAACGUCACUUGCUGAAGUUCAAGAGUCCACCUCCACAAGCAACCCGGGAAACCCCCCACCUGACCCCAUGACAUCAGCCAGACCACCUCAGCAGGUCAGCUCUUCAAGUGGUUCUGGAGCCUCAACAGCCACCCCUGCUGCAGCCUCCACUGCUGCCCAGAAGACUAUCCCUCCAGCCACCUUGGGAAACUUGACAGCCACCACUACUGCAAGUCCUGUGCUCACUCCUGUGAGCAGCCUUUCAGCCACCCCAGGAGGUUUAGGGACUGCUGUCUCAUCCUCUGCCAGCAUGGAAGCUCAGGCAAGCCAGCCUUCCGACCACUUGACCAGCACCACUGAGAGCACCGGAGUGCCAAGGAACGACCCUGGGCUCAAGGACAAUUGUGUCUCUUCUACCACCUCUGCUGCCAAGCAGCCUCACCCUUCUUCCACUUCUCCAGACCAAGGACUGACCUAUUCCACCGGAUCUGGAAACAUCAGCACUUCGGUUACCCCUUUUGAUGGAUCCAUGUUCCCCACCACUAGUACAACAUCUCUGCCUUUACCACCUGGCAGCAUCAACAACGUCUCAAAGACAGCCACCACGCCGAGUCCUGAAGCAGACCAGAGAAGCUGUGACACCAGAUCUACGUCAACCACACCUGCGAGUGCUGACCAGAGCCCUGCCAGUGCACAGCCAUCAGCCCCAGCCCCAGGGGACCAGACAGUGAGCAGCAGUCCUGGCCACCAGCACCCUAACUCUUCUUUCCAAAAUGAGGUCAUCUGUAAAGACCAGGAGCAGCAAAAUAGAUGGCCUACCAUGUAUCUGAAAGAAGCUAAAACCUGUGCUGAGUGGAGGAUCGCCAGCAGCAAAGUCUCCUUCUUCGAGAGCUUCUGCUCGACGGGCCAGCACACUUUCAACGCCAGCAGGGAGACGUGCACGGUGACGCUGACCUCCUGCGAGCCCCGCUCCCAGUGCUGGGCCGUGUGGGUGGUUGUGCACCUCCCUUUGGACCCUGAAAAAGUCCUCGAGAAGCUGCAGAAGGACAAGUUAGAGGAGCUCGGCAUCGUCAACAUCACCUACAACGAAACGAAGAGGGAGAUAAUAAUCAACGACGAGUUCAGCACGCCCCUGAUCAUCACCAUCAUCACCCUGGCCGGCUCCCUGCUGCUGAUCACGGCCAUCUACGGCUGCUGCCACCAGCGCUUCUCCCAAAAGAAGGACCAGCACAUCCACCCUGAUCUCCCCGGGUUUGAUGAUGGACAUGUGGCCCUGAUCUUUAAUCAGCGCCUGACCGAGGAGCUGCAGACAAUGGAGAAUGGCUACCACGAUAACCCCACACUGGAGGUGAUGGAGACCUCCUCUGAAAUGCAGGAGAAGAAGGUGAACCUCAACGGUGAGCUGGGGGACAGCUGGAUCGUUCCUCUCGACACCCUCAUGAAGGAGGACCUGGAGGAAGAGGAGGACACGCAUUUAUAGGAUACAAAACUAUCAAGCAAAAAAACGACGACCACCCCCUGAAAAAGAACCCACAUUAUCCCCACACACACGCGCACACAACUCCAAAACAAGGCAAAAUUCCCAACAAACCCCGGAAAAUCCCUUGAUGAACUAAUCAUGGCCCUUCAUGCCACCACGUGGGGUGCAGGAUGGAAGAGGAAGGGACAUGAGAAGACACCUCUGGGGUGCAUCGUCAACACAAGCCACCGUGGUGGCUGCAUCUGGACGAGCAUCUUCCAUCCCCCGCGGGCUCUCAGCAGGACCUACCACGCCAGGCCUGACCAACCGUGGGUGAAGGGGGUGGCUUUAGCUCCAGAAGAGCUGCUGGCGUCUCCCCUGAGCGCGUCCCCUCCCGUCCUGCGGCCGACCACGCCAACCGCAUCCUCCAGCUAUCGAGCCACUCGAAAACUAAAAAGAAAUACACGUAAAUAGGACGGGAGAAGGAGCGCAACUCCCAAACAGCAAACUGGCGUCGGGCAAUUAGAGCUAGAAAAAUCCUCUGGCCCACACAGUUUAGUCAUUGCUCUGCCCUCCCUGACACGAAACGCCCAGGUAUUGAGCAGAAAAAAAGCCGGAACAGCCUGUUCCUUUUUUUAAUCCCGUCUCCAUCCUCUCGCCGCAAACUGCCGGCUAAAACGCACAAGAGCCCCGCGCCGUGGCACAGGCACACGGAGGCAUCCAGACCCGGAUGGGACGGAUGCAGCAGUGCCGAGCGGUGCUCAGUCCCACGCCCCUGCCAGCUGCGGGACCCGUCGGGUCAGAGAGCGGGAGAGGUGCAGCAGCUUCUUGGACUGAUGCGAAGGGGAGGGAGAGGAAAAUUGAGUCACGGUCCUCGAGCUCAUUCCUCCUAGGAAGGGUUUAGUGAGACCAGGAGAGAUGCCCGGUCGCUAGCCCAGACACGAGGUUGGGGGGUUUCGUGGUGCAGAAACCCAGCUCCAGCGCAGGCCAGCUCUGUUGCUGCUUUUCCUUUACAGGAGCGUUGAUUGCCUUUCGGUAAUUACGCGGCAGCAUCUCACAGCCUACAUCCAUCCUUCCCCGAGACCAUGGGUUACGUGCACCGUGACCGUUUCUGAUUUUUGUGGUCACGUUCUCCUGUGUGAGCAGCAGGAGAGAUAAAAGAGGGACAGAAGCAGGAGCUGGGUAGCUUGGUGAUAUUCAGGGUUUUCCAUCGGUACAGCCCGCGGCGUUUCCUCCCCACGAGGUUUAUAAGCUCAGUCCACACUCUCAAGCUCUUCUUCAAAAGCCAGUAAAGUAACAGACCUGCAAAGAAAUUUUCAGCUCAGAAGCGAAGCUGGGACUGAGCUUUGUCCUGCAGCCUUUGGUCUCUUGUCCAGGUCUCCCUCUUUAGAGAGGACAAGAAAAACAUACAGGAGCAGAAAGUGGUUGAACUGAGGCCAUUCCUGGUUUUCUACUCCCUAUCACAGCUCCAAAAGGAUGGGGAGGGUUUCACACCUUCGCUCUGGCUUUGGUGAAGCAGCUCAGCCCCGGCAGAGGCGGGGGGUCAGAGCAGGGCUCCAUCCUCCAGCACGUGGGGAAGAGGAGAGGGCCAGAAGGUCACUUGGGCAAGUGCAUCUCCCAGCACCAGAGGAUGGUCCCAAGCCCUCGGCAAGCCAGAGGAGCUGCAGAGGAAGAGCGAUGCCCAAGCACAGCCCUUCCUCCUCCCCCUGCUUGCCAUAAACCCUGUACCCACCAACCCACGGUGGGGUGAUUUCCUUUGGGCUCUGCCACCGGGUCAACACGAUGGGGAGCCGCUCCCCACGGCUGCCCUUGACAAGGGGAGAAGCAGAGCUGAGCAGUGGAAAGCUUGGAGAAACCCAGGUCGGGUCAGUCCUGGUGGAGUUUGCACGAAGGAGAGGGUGGGGGGUGGUUUGCUCAGCCCCAGGACAUCAGCUGGCCGAAGAUACAUCUCAAAGGGACUGACUCUUCUCCCUUCUCUCCUGCACCAAAGGGCAGAUUUUGAAGUGUUCAAACCUAUAUAUUUUUGUAUGUAAAUAUUCCUGCUAUUCAUUAGCAAUGUAUUCAGCACACUUCGCUUACCUGUGCACUGCACUAUGGGGAAAUGAUUUUGGAAGGGGGAAGGGGGGUGAAUUUAAAACAAAAAAAAAAAAACAAACAAACAAACAAAAAAAAAACAAAACAAAACAAAAAAAGAAAAAAAAAAAAAGAGAAGAAAAAGCUAAAGGCCAGGCUGGUAGGGAAUCAAAAUUCGAGACAAAGCAGGAAAACACCUCCUGCCCAGAUAACCCCGUGCCAUGGCUUUGUCCCCACUCCAGCAGCAUCAAGUUCAGCUCUUUAACAUCGCAGCGAGGCUCAAAGGACCAGUCUCGGCAUUUGCAACUGUUUUUGUGAGCGCCUUCGCUUCCCAGCUGCCCCGAGAGAUGAUCAGCAGGUCGGUGACCUCCCGUUUCUUUCCACAGAAAAUAAAUGCUGUGAAAACACGGGGCAGCAGCGAGGCUUUGGCUGCCGAGGCUGCUGUUGCCGUAAGGACACCCCUGGCAGAGCAUCUCCAGACAGUCGGGUUUGGGCAUGUGCCUAAAGAUCCCCCUUCCCAGCCAAGAGAUGCCAAAGUGCUUUAAUGAAUCAGGUCCAAAGACUUUCCAAGAGAACCCUACAAAGGCUUGAGAUCAAGCAACCUUAAAUCUUUCCGAGCAGAGACCAGUGAAGAUACUAACUGCUCAGCAAGUGCUUAUAGUGAUUUAUAUUUGAAUAGGAAUUGUACAUUUAUUUAUUUUUCCAGACACCAUAUUUUUAAACCACUAAUAUUUUAUAGUAGAUCUUCCUUCCCCUAUUUAAAGAACUAUUUCCAUGAGAAAAACAGUACGUUUUUUAUGUUGAGAACAUUCUUUCUGCAAAAAAAAAAAAAAAAAAAAAAAAAAAAAAUCAGGUAGGAAAUGCAGUGAUGAGCAUCUUUGGCCUUAAUCCUUCCCUUCAUAGACUGUAGCCAUAAUUGUUAGACAAAAAACAAUUUAAAAAAAAAAAAAAAUCUACCCAGGCAUUUCCACCCUCCCCGACCCCCCCUCCCUUUCCGGCACAUCCUCUUCUCCCCCCACAAACCAGCUUUAACAUCUGACAUGUUGUACAAAGAGAUUAUUGCUCUUACCUUUUGGUGAGAGUUUCCACAAGCAGCUCAGAUGUCCUUGCAAGAGACUUUUCUAUUUUCAGAUUCACAAGGAACGUGUAAAUACUUUAGAACCAUUUCUCUCCCGCUCACAGUGCCACGACCCAACUGCCCAGGUGGAUACUGUGACCGUUGCCUACAGAAGACGUACAGCAGAAAACAUAAAUCCAUAAGGGACUGCAGAAGGAGAACCGACUCCCCACGGCGGCUUCCCGCUGAACCUUGCACAUAUACUAGAGCUCUUACGUACUGUAUAGCAGCAUCUCUCACGGGGACAGGAGUCUGAUUUACACUGGAAUUUACUGAGGAACUGGAUUGUAGAGAUUAUUCUUGCGUUUUCCUACAAAUAUAUUUUGAAAGCAUCAUGUAUUUCUGUCAAUAAACGUUCUUAUGUAAAA